AUAUGGCGACCAGAAAACUUGUACAAUACAUAGCAAUUAGGAAAGACUUGUCUUCCACCUUAAACUGGCCAGCCGGCGCUGUUAUCGCCCAAGCAUGUCACGCAUGUUCUGCUGUGAUUGUGUCGUAUAAAGAUGAUCCUUAUACCGUUGAUUAUGUGCAAGAUUUGGAUCGAAUGCAUAAAGUUAUAGUUGAGGUCCCAAGCGAAGAGGCAUUAACAAAACUAUCGACGAAACUUAGUGAAAAUAAGAUGGAUUUUAAACUAUGGGUCGAGCAACCUGAAAACUAUGCAACGUGCUUGGCAACCAAGCCAUACCCACGAGAGGAAAUAUCAAAAUUCUUUAAGAAAUUCAAAUUGUACCAAUAGUCGUUAUCUUGUAUUAACGUUAGGUAAUGAUUUUCUUCGCGUUGGAACAAAUACCAAAGUAGAUAUGCACUAUAAAUUUUAUAUGAUAAAGAUUUUAUUGCACAAAGA